CCUAUGCAGGCCCACAACUUUCCCAGGCCGACGCUAACUUUGGAGGUCUUUUUUUUUUCAGCUAACCAAUCACCAAUUCCCCCCGGAAAUUACUAAAUAAACCUGAAAUAUUUAGUAAUCGACUUCGAGGUUUAAAUUUAUAGUGGCUUCAUUUCUUUAUAAGAUUUCUAAGAUAACUAUUUAAAACAUUAAAGUGUCAAUUAACUAGUCGAACUAAUUAAAUUUCAUUAUGUCCUUUGUCAGUAGAUUAUCUAAGAUUGCUACUAAUCCUAAAUUAUUUGUUCCAAUUUUAGCAUCCGCAGCUUCAAUUGGUUUAGCUAUGAGUUUUUCUUCUCAAACAAUUGCCAAUGAAGGUGGCAAAACUUUUAAAGGUGGUGAUGAAUGGAUUGAUUUAAAAUUAAUUAAAUCUGUUGAUUUAUCUCAUGAUACUAAACAUUUAUAUUUUGCUUUACCAAAUAAAGAUGAUGUAUCUGGAUUAAUUACUGCAUCUUUAUUAUUAACUAAAUUUGUUACUCCAAAAGGUAGUAAUGUAAUUAGACCAUAUACUCCAGUUUCUGAUAAUGAUCAAACUGGAGUUAUUGAAUUCAUUGUUAAAAAGUAUGAUAAUGGUAAAGCUUCAACUCAUAUUCAUGAAUUAAAACCAAAUGAUACUUUAUCAUUCAAAGGUCCAAUUGUUAAAUGGAAAUGGGAACCAAAUCAAUUUAAAAAUAUUUCAUUAAUUGGUGGUGGUACUGGUAUUACUCCAUUCUAUCAAUUAAUUCAUGAAGUUACCAAGAACCCAGCUGACAAGACUAAGAUUGAUUUAUUCUAUGGUUCUAUUUCCGAAUCUGACAUUUUGUUAAGAAAGGAAUUAGAUGAACUUGCUGCUAAGCACAAGGAUCAAUUAAAAAUUCAUUACUUCCUUGACAAGGCUCCAACCAACUGGAACGGUCAAACUGGUUUCAUCAAUAAGGAAUACCUUUCCAAACAUUUACCAGCUCCAGGUAAGGAUAACAAGAUUUAUGUUUGUGGUCCACCAGGUUUAUACAAGGCUAUUUCUGGUCCAAAAGUUUCACCAACUGAUCAAGGUGAUUUAAGUGGUGCUUUAGCUGAAUUAGGUUACUCUAAGGAAGAAGUUUUCAAAUUUUAAUUGAUACUUUUAUACUAGAAUAAAAAAUCAGAAAUUAUUUAGAGUAUAUAAUGAAAAAAAUUAUUAUAUCUGCUAUGGAUUAUAUAGAUCUUUACAAAUAAAACAUAUUUUUUGUUUGCAAUCGUAGCGAUUUGUCGCAGCAAUUCGUAGUGCAGCCCAGCUCAGCUAAACCAUAAAUCGAAAAAAAUUAGCGGCAUCAGUAUUAAUACAGAGA